GAAAAGUCUUCAGGGAGAGCAAUAUUUAUUUGCGCGAGAUGUGAGAAAAGUACCUAGGAGGACAACGAUGUACAUGUAUGGAUUUGAUGACUUGAAAAGGCUUGAGGGAGAGCAACAUUUAUUUGUGCGAGAUGUGAGAAAAGUACCUAGGAGGGCAACGAUGUACGUGUAUGGAUUUGAUGACCUGUAG